AUGGGCUCGUCCUCGACUCCGCCGAUUGCGAGACCUGCAGUCGCUUUUCUUACUUCGUCUGUCCGCUGCCCGUUCCUCACAUUCUCUGCCUUUGCAUCGAAUCCAUUCUCCCAACGGCGACGACCAACCCAACAGCGUCCCGUCUCGGUUCCGUCCAACAUCGAUCGACCGGUCGACCGUUUUGCCUCGCUUCGCCUCGCAAUCACCUCGGUCGAUGAUGUUGAACCCUUGGACAUCGACCCGCGGCGGCCCUCGCUGCCCCUACCACUUGCCUGCCAUCUUGAGGAGCGAAUCGUUGCCAUGAUGGAAGGAGGCGCGACGCAUCAGGCCUACGCGAGGAGCCUGUUGGAGUUGCGCGAAGCCCUGAAGCAUGUCCCCCAGAAGCGCGCGUGCGUGGUGUGCGACAAUAGCGCGAAGCUCGAAUGUCCCAAAUGCCCCGACGGUGAAGUUUGCCAGUUCACCAUUCCCACCGACUGCACACAAUGCCCCCGGUCGGUUUGCAUGGCCGAUGAUAGUCCCUCGGCGAGCUCCGGCGCCGCCGCGCCGAGCGCCAGCGGCAACGGUGACAGCGGGCCCAGUGCCGGUCCCAUCGCGGGCGGCGUCAUCGGCGGCAUCGCCGUCAUCGCCGUCAUCACCUACCUCGUCUGGAGAUUCCUCAUCAAGCCGAAGCGAUCGCGGAUACCCGAGUCCGAGCUGGAGCCUGCCGGCAACGACACGGGCGACGUGGAAAAGGACAACGGUUCGAGGAUCACGCACCGGUCCUCGACGCACACGGUCCACUCGAUUGCGUCGACGGUGCUGACGCGGGCCUCCAACAUCAUCCAGAUCGCCUACAUACCCGGCGUGACGAACAGGGCGAACCAGGGUCCGGGGUCGCCGACGGUGCUCGUGCCGCCCGUUCCGCCCAUCCCGAUGCAUCACACGGAGGCGCACCGGCAGGCGACGGACCAGCAGGACGACCAGCACUUUUUCGUCCCCGGCAACCUCCGAGACUCGACAUACUCGGGCAUCUCGACCUACUCGGAAAUCACGUCGUACGCUCCGCGCUCGAGCAUCGCCUCGACGAUAUACGGCAAGCAAGCCCAGGUGCAGAACGCGGCGCAGACGGGCAUGCGGGCGAAGCCCACCGUCGUGAGCGUCCGGUCGGGGAGCGUGGGCGGGAACAACACGCCGCCGAUGCCCGACAUCGACUACGAGAGGUUCGGCGGCCGACCCGAAAGCAGCGCGAGCUUCUUCAGCGUCGGCUCGGCUUUCGUCAACAACGCAAACACGGCGACCCAAGGUCGGGCUCAGGUUGUGAAGCUGGGCGGCGGCCAGAGGAGCGUCGACGACGGCUUGUCCAGCCCGCAGUCAAGCGCCUGGCCGGCACCCCUCGGCACGGUGUCGCCGCCUGCUCCGACCCAUGACCCGACGCGAGGCGGGCCGGGCAUGUACGGCUCGGCGGGCAUGUACGACUCGCCGGUGACGUACGACGCACCGCACAUGUUCGACUCGUCGAGGAGGGACCUGGGGCCCUUUUCGGAUCCGCCCGGAGGUGCCGGCACGCCUGGUCGUUCGAGGCUCGGCUCCGUCAUGGAGGACGCGAGCGAGGGACCCUACCAGAACGGGGGUCGAGGCGCCGGAAGACCGAGCUCGAGAGAACGAGACUCGAGCCCGUUUGGGGAUGAGUACGCCAUGAGGCAAUGA